GACGCGUCGGUGGGGACGGUGGUGGCGCUGCUGAGCGUGUCGGACCGGGACUCGGGGGCGAACGGGCGGGUGCGCUGCGCGGUGUGGCCGGCGGCGCCGUUCGGUCUGGUGGCGACGUUCGCGGGCUCGUACUCGCUGGUGCUGCGGGAGGCGCUGGACCGGGAGCGGGUGUCGGAGUACGAGGUGGAGGUGCGGGCGGAGGACGGCGGGGCGCCGCCGCUGCGCGCCAGCCGCGGGCUGCGGGUGCCGGUGUCGGACGUGAACGACAACGCGCCGGCGUUCGCGCAGGCCGUGUACACGGUGCUGGCGCGGGAGAACAACGCGGCGGGCGCGGAGCUGGCGCGGCUGUGGGCGCGGGACCCGGACGAGGCGGGCAACGGGCGCGUGAGCUACUCGGUGGCGGAGGGCGGCGCGGGCGCGGGGUCGGGCUCGGGGUGGCGCCCGGCGUCGAGCUACGUGUCGGUGGACGCGGAGAGCGGGCGUCUGUGGGCGCUGCGGCCCCUGGACUACGAGGAGCUGCAGGUGCUGCAGUUCGAGGUGCGGGCGGUGGACGCGGGCGAGCCGCCGCUGUGCGGCAACGCCACGGUGCAGCUCUUCGUGGUGGACGAGAACGACAACGCGCCGGCGCUGCUCCCGCCUGCCGGCGGCGGGCCGGGGCCCUGGUCUGCGGGCGAGGCGUCGGCGUGGGCGCCGGGGUCGCUGUGGGCGUGGGCGGCGUGGGGGGCGCCGGCGGGGCAGGUGGUGGCGAAGAUCCGCGCGGUGGACGCGGACUCGGGCUACAACGCGUGGCUGCGCUACGAGCUGUGGGAGCCGCGGGGCAAGGGCCCGUUCCGCGUGGGGCUGUACAGCGGCGAGGUGAGCACGGCGCGGGCGCUGGAGGAGGCGGACGGCCCGCGGCAGAGGCUGCUGAUCGUGGUGCGGGACCACGGGGAGCCGUCGCGCUCGGCCACGGCCACGCUGAGCGUGUCGCUGGUGGAGGGCGCCGAGGCGGCGCUGGCGGCGGCGGGGGCGGGCUCGUCGGGGGCGGGGCUGCGUCCGGCGGCGGGCGCGGAGGGCGGCGCGGCGGCGGCGGCGGCGGCGACGAACGUGUGGCUGGUGGUGGCCAUCUGCGCGGUGUCGAGCCUGUUCCUGCUGGCGGUGGUGCUGUACGGGGCGUCGCGCUGGGCGCCGCGGGCGGCCGUGCUGUCGGGUCCCGGGCCGGCGACGCUGGUGUGCGCCAGCGAGGUGGGCAGCUGGUCGUACUCGCAGCGGCAGAGCCGGAGCCUGUGCGUGGCGGACGGCGCGGGCAAGAGCGACCUGAUGGUUUUCA